UUAUGCGUAGGGGUGCCAUGCAUAGGGACUUAAAUUAAAUUGAGUGAAAAUUAAAUGUCCUGAGUUCAAGAUGUACUUGUCUCUUCGCAUCAGUAAGACAAUCAACAGAUUUGCAUAAUCUGCUUUAUAGCCUCUUAUAAAGAGCGAAUCAUGGGUAUGGUGUACGACAAUGUGGGCAUCUUGAAUGUUCUCGAAGAUGGUGGCACGGCUUGUCGCAUAAAAGAGAAGGUGCAAUUAUGCCUUAGCUAUGAUCCAGCUGGGAUGAGUGCUAAAUUUUAUGCAGGACAUAAGAUCCAGCUGGAGUUCCCUAUCACAAAGACAACAGAGUGCUGCAAAGCUGGCAGGACCUCCUACAUUUUCUCUUUCACCAGUGAUGCCUUCAUGGUUGUGUUUCAUACCACACAAGACUGCCAGCGAUUUCACAAGUUCAUGCAGGACUUCAAGUCCGGCCAGGCAGCGUCCGUGUUCUCAGAACGCACAGAGGAGGCAUCAGCCUCUCAGUAUUUCCAGUUCUACGGCUACCUGUCGCAGCAGCAGAACAUGAUGCAGGACUUCAUCCGGACGGGCACCUACCAGCGCGCCAUCCUCGCCAACACCGCCGACUUCACCGGAAAGGUGGUGCUGGACGCGGGCGCCGGCUCCGGUAUACUCUCAUUCUUCGCGGCACAGGCCGGCGCCAGGAAGGUGUACGCUGUAGAGGCCAGCUCGAUGGCCGAGCACGCGGCGAUGCUGGUUGAGUCCAACAACUUGCAGCAAGUCAUCCAGGUGAUCGCAGGCAAGAUCGAGGAGAUCGAGCUACCCGAGAAGGUGGACAUGAUCGUCUCGGAGCCCAUGGGCUACAUGCUCUACAACGAGCGCAUGCUGGAGACCUUCCUACACGCCAAGAAGUGGCUCAAGCCUGGCGGUCGUCUGUUUCCGAGCCGGGCCGAGCUGCACGUGGCGCCGUUCGGUGACCAGGCACUCUACAUGGAGCAGUGCAGCAAGGCUAACUUCUGGCACCAGGCCAGCUUCCACGGCGUGGACGUGACGUCACUGCAGCAGCGGGCGGCCGACGAGUACUUCCGGCAGCCGAUCGUGGACACGUUCGAUGAGCGGAUCUGCCUGGCCGAGCCGGUGCGCCACCCGCUCGACUUCCACGAGGCCGAGGAGCGCCAGCUGCACCAGAUCGAUAUCCCGGUGGAGUUCCGGAUCCGCGAGACCGGCACGGUGCACGGCCUGGCGUUCUGGUUCGACGUGGUGUUCUGCGGCUCGCAGACGGCCGUGCGGCUGAGCACGGCGCCGACCGAGCCGCUGACGCACUGGUACCAGGUGCGCUGUCUGCUGCGGCACCCGCUGCCGGCCAAGCAGGGCCAGACGCUCACCGGCCGCGUCCUCAUGACGGCCAACCAGAGGCAGAGCUAUGACGUCACCAUUUCGCUGGAGGUGGAGGGCACCGGCGUGACGAGCACGGUUACGCUUGACCUCAAGAACCCCUGCUUCCGGUACACGGGCGCGGCGCCGGCUCCGCCGCCGGGCCACCUGGCCGUCAGCCCCAGCGAGCACCACUGGGCCCAGCUGGACGCCCGGGGCGCCCGUCACGCGCUCAGUCUGCUGCACGGCAUGACUGUCAACGGUCUGGGGGAGGUGGCGGUGGACCCGGCCAUGCUGCUGCACACCGCGCGCGCUGCGGAGCCGCCGGCCAGCCGGGCCGCCAUCCACCCGGGCUCUAUCCCGACUGCCUGCGUGGCGAGCGCCGCCCCCUCGGGGGCUGGCUCCUGA